AUGGAACAUGAGCAAAGAAGUGAUUCAAGUAAUGAAGAGCAGCAACAGUACAAGUCGUUUGUUUCGGCAUCAAAACACAGCGAUUUGGUUGAUGAGCUGACCGAAGCGGCCAAGAAAGCAGUGGCAGAUUUGGAUUCAGAUUCGGCUUCGAGCACUGCUGGUGGUGGAGGGCGUGCUAAAUCAAUCGCACGGAAAUGGGAAGAGAAACUGAGAAAUGAGAGUGACGGUGCUAAGAAGCCGAAAGUUGCUCAAUCACCAACAGUUCAGGCGAUCACACCAAAAACAACCUCGAAAGCUUCAACUGAGGAUCGUAUCAACUGGCGUUUGGAUGUUGCGAGAAAAUCGCAAACUUCAAAACGAAUUGACGUCCGUUCAGCAGAUGUGAAAAAUUUACGAAACCGAUGGGAGAUCUCGUCAGCCACUGGAACACCACUACAUCCGGAUCAGAGACCAGAUGAGCUAAUGGAGGCGGCCGUGCUGAUGUCACGUUCUGUAAGACAGGCUCGAGCCUGGAAUUCCAGAAGUUCGUCACACAAUGACAUCAGUGACGACAGAGCUCUCAGAUAUUCCUCACCUAUUUUAACGUUACUCACCUUACAGAAACAGUCGAGCAAUAUUCCAACAGUCACCGUUCAGCAAUCAGAGUCGUCCGCAUCAGAAGAUUUCCAGAAUGAGAACUCAAGAGGUGGGAAUGAGGGAGAGCAACGAGAUGCGAUGUUUGCUGACAGUUCGGCAUCAGCAAAUCGAAACGAAUGCAAACAACCAGAUGAGGUCAUCGAUGAUCUGUUCAGUUUCAUUAAUCAGACGCCAAACAAGAAUUCAUCGCUGCUCUCAGCGAUGCUUAAUACACCGGAACUACACUCAGCGGAUACGUCAGAGACUCAGUAUUUCUGCACUCCAGAGGGCAACAAUACGGCAGAAGGUAUGACGAUUUUGAGGAAGAAGUUGUUUGCAGAAAAUUUACCACUGGCACAUUCGGUAUCGUUUUAUCGCAAGAAGAAGAGUCAAGUGCAACACAGCCAUGGUGAUACUAUCGUGCUGGGGCAGUUUACAUCGACACCUCCAAAAGAUGCAGAAUCAUCGUCUUCGUCUGCGAAUCAACAACCUGAAGGAGAACACUUCUUGAAAGAGAAAGCACGUCUCGAACAGGAGAUCUUAAUUCAAGAGAAGCAAGUCGCGCAAGCAACGAGAGCGUUGCAUUUCUGUCGAAAUACCGAAGAGUUUCGGGGCAGCAGAGAACAG